GUUAACCGUAGAUCCUUGCCCUCUCUCAUCCAUAGACUCAACAACCUAACAACCCCACUAGUGCAUAUCACCCACCAUGUCUAGUGAGGGUACAGACAACGACCACACCAGCGCCUCACAAACAAAUGGCGACUCACUAGCCUUCUACGAACCGAAAUCAACGCUGAAAUACGCGUCGUUCGUGGGUCUUCAAGCCGGUAUCGUCGGCACACUCGUCAGUACUGUGCAAAAUGCUUUAGGGAAGCAUAAUAAGGGUGCGUUUGGGGUGUUUACGAGGUCUGGGGGGACUAUUGGGUUCUUUGCUGCUAUGGGAUUCACGUUCGCUGCGACUGAGGCUGUUGUCGCGAACACGCGAGAGAAGGAUGAUGCGUUGAACGGUGCGGCGGGAGGUUGUGCAGCUGGGUUCCUCGCAGGUCUUCGAGCCCGAUCAUUACCAGUAGCCUUCGCCUCCUGCGCCUUCCUCGGCGCAGCCGUCGGCGUAUACGACUCCGCCGGAAAACUCGCAGGCCAAAAACGCGACCACGAAUCACCCGAAACUUGGGAAGAGCGGAGGAGACGGUUCUUCAAGCAGAAACCACCUACGCAGAUACCUGCUGCACAUACCAAUAAUGCAUAGAUCUGCUUGCUGUCUUUGCUAUUGCCAAUGUAUACAAUCUUUAAUUUCUCGCAACUAAAAC